AUGGAUCACUGGACUUCUAGUCAUGAGGUCAGAGGAUAUAGCCCAACUUUAAUGGAGGUGCUGGUGCCAGUUCUUUCGAAUAAGAAGAACCACAAAACAUGGACCUGUUUCAUAUCUCAAGAUUUGGCUCGUCAUGUGGAGAAUAUAAAAAGUGAAGUCUAUAUUACCAAAGGACAAAUUUUGGGAAGAACUCUUCUCCCUAUACCUACAAUUACUGAAAAAAUUGACUUCCAUCAGGAGGGUGGUAGCACAGAUAAACGGGACCAGUUCAACAGGACAGUACUUCAUGCUGUUGAAUCCGUGGUUAUUGACUGGACACAUCAGAUACGAGAUGUUUUGAAAAAGGAAUCUGCAGAACCUCUUCUACAGGGCCUGAACCCUGGUCCCGAAACAGAGCUGAAUUUUUGGAAGGACAGAAAAGAAAACUUGUUAUCUCUAUAUGAACAGUUACAAACUCCAGUUGUGCAAAAAAUGGCAAAAAUCCUUGAAAGCUCAGAGAGCAGCUAUUACCCAGCAUUCAAAGAAUUGCUUAGAGACACAUUGAAUGCACUUCUUGAAGCUCAAGAUAUUGACAUGCAUCUGAAACCACUGCAUGCUCAUAUUGACAUUUUGCAGUCUGUAGAGUUCCAAGAGAUCACAAAUUUCAUUCCUCCUUUGUUCCACACCAUCUGCUUAAUCUGGAGUCAUUCAAGGUUUUACAGAACUCCUGCACGGAUAAUCGUUCUUUUGCAGGAGCUGUGCCACUUACUCACUAACCAGGCCAUAACAUAUCUAUCACCUGAAGAACUUUUGAAAAGUGAAACAGAAGAAAUGCUAGAACGUGUGCAGAUAGCAGUCAACUGUUUCCAAACCUUUAAGAAUUCCUUCUGUAGUUACAGAAGGCAGCUGAAAAGUUACUUUUCCAAUGGCAGUGAGUUCAAACCUUGGGAUUUCCACUCUCAAAUGGUGUUUGCAAGAUUCAAUGGGUUCCUUGGUCGCCUACUACAGUUGGAGGAUUUAUUUGUUACCAUGGUAGAGUUUCAGAAAAUGGAAAAAUUGGAGUUUGGUGGGAGCAAAGGAAAGGUGCUGAGUGAUCAAGUUUGCCAGAUGAAUGAAGAGUUUUUUGAAAGCUGCAAAGUUUUUAAGGAGAGUAGCUAUGAUCCACUGGACUUCAAAAAUAUGGAUUUUGAAAAUGACUACAGACAGUUCAAAGAGAAAAUCUUGGACCUUGAGAGAAGGCUGGGUUCUCUUUUGUAUGCUGCCUUUCUUGAUUGUUCUGGCUUAGAAUCUGCAUUUAAGCUGUUAGCUAUUUCUGGCUAUUUUUUGGAAAGACCAGUUAUUAUGGAAAUCUUCAGCCCUGUUUAUCUCAUCCUACUUCAGAUGUUUGACCAGGAUUUAAACAGAUGUAAGCAGCUGUAUGAUAUACAUAUGGAUCAGGUAGAGAAGAGUGAUAACACUAUUGUAAUAUGCAAGAACAUGCCACAAGUAUCAGGUCACCUGAAGUGGGCCAAGCAACUCAAAGAAUGGAUUCAGAAACUCUGGUCAGAAUUUCGGUUCAUUCAUCACAUUUUUCCCUCAGGUCCAGAAGCAGCAGUGGUAUAUCAGAAGUAUAUGGAGAUGUUAACACUGCUUGAUCAGUAUGAAGAACAAAUGUAUAUUGAAUGGACCUGUGGAGUAGAUAACAUUUGCCAAUUUAAUCUUCAUCAUCCACUUCUCACACGUAAUCCUGAGGACUCACUUCUCAGUGUUAAUUUUGAUCCCAAGCUGGUGGCUGUAUUGAGAGAAGUAAAAUACCUCCAGAUCCUAAAUCAGCAUGACAUUCCUGAAGCAGCAGUUGCUAUGUUUGAGGAAAAGGAAGCUUACCUUAAGUAUGUCGGGAACCUUGAACUAAUAGUUAGGUGGUACAACAAGCUGAAGUGCACCAUACUGGAGGUUGAAUUCCCUUUAGUUGAAGUGGAGAUGAAAGCCAUUGAUGAAAAGCUGAGGGCUGCAGAGGAAACCAUCACAUGGAGGGACCAGAACUGCUGGCCUUAUAUUGAAGAAGUAAAGAACACUGUGUACGAUCUUGAGAGGAGAGUUCAGAGCACAAAAGACAACACUGAAAUGAUUCAAAGAAUCAUGAGGAUGUGGGCAGAGCAGACUUUCUUUUCACGAAAAGAUAACAAGAAGGAGGCUUUACUAAAUCUAGAGGACAGAGAAGAAAGAAUUGCCAAGAGAUACAGAUUAAUUCAAGAAGAUGGAGUUAAAAUUCAUGAACUUGUACAGGUCAGCCUUCAUUGUUUCAAAGCAGAUUCAACUUCAACUUCCUGGAAAGCUUAUGUGGAGCAUAUUGACGACAUGGUGUUGGAUGGCUUUUUCAAUACUAUUAUGCAUUCUUUGGAUUUUUUUCUUGAAAAUACAGAUCCAUUUCUGAAUCCACUGCCACUUUUUGAAGUACAAAUGCUCCUCUCUGCUCCAGAAAUUGUGUUCAAACCAUCGGUUGAUAAAGAAGUUAGUGAUGGAUUUUUUGACUUGGUGGAAGAGUUGGUGAAUGAUAUUUUCAGAGUGUCUGCUCAGGUGAAGAGAGUGGCAGCUCACAUUGAAAUGGAAGAUUAUCAGAUCGAUAUGGAUGAUAUGCUGGACCUGGCAGAGUUUCGGCAAGAAAUUAUGUUAAGAGUGACAGGUAUUGUCAACAAAGCCAUCGAGUACAGGAAUUCAUUUGACAACUAUGCCUAUCUCUGGGUGGAUGACAGGACAGAGUUUAUGAGGCAGUUCUUGUUGUACGGUCAUGUUCUUACAACUGAAGAAAUAGAAACUCAUGCAGAUUACGGUGUACCAGAAUGCCCUCCUACAACAGAACAGUUUAAGGAACAGAUUGACAUCUAUGAAAACUUACACACACAGAUCAGCAAGCUUGGCAACAGCAAGGUGCUUGAUGGCUGGUUUAAAAUAGAUAUUAAGCCCUUCAAAAUGUCACUGCUAAAUACAAUCAGAAAGUGGAGCUGGAUGUUUAAAGAACAUCUGAUGAGAUACGUUACUGACAGCUUAACUGAACUGGAAGAAUUUAUCAAGGAAACAGAUAAAGGCCUGCAGCAGGAGCUCAAAGAAGGAGACUUUGAUGGUUUAGUGAAGAUCAUGGGCUACCUCCUGGCUGUGAGAGGCAGACAGACUGCCACUGAUGAACUCUUUGAACCUUUAAAAGAGACAAUAGUUCUUCUAGAAAGCUAUGGACAGAAGAUGCCUGACAAAGUUUAUACACAGUUAGAGGAAUUACCAGAAAAGUGGAACAAUACAAAGAAAAUCUCAUUGUCUGUGAAGCAUGAAGUUGCUCCCCUUCAGGCUGCUGAAGUUUCAGUUAUCAGAAGGAAGUGUGCAGCAUUUGAUAUGAAGCAGAUAGAGUUCCGUGAGAAAUUCCGAAUGCAGACAGCUUUCUCAUUUGGUGCAGAAUAUCCAUAUGCUGUUAUAGACAAGGUGCAUAAUGAGUUAAUGGCAUUGGAAGAAGAAAUGAGUGACAUGCAAGGAUCUGCAAAUUUAUUUGAAGUGACAAUUCCAGAUUACAAGCAGUUGAAGCAGUGCCGCCAAGAAAUAGUGCUGCUGAAAGCACUUUGGGAUACCAUUAUAUAUGUCAGGAGUAACAUUGAAGACUGGACUGUAACCCAGUGGAAACAUAUUAAUGUGGAACAGAUGGAUUCAGAACUUAGAAGAUUUGCCAAGGAAAUCCGAAUGCUAGACAAAGAAGUUAGGACAUGGGAUGCUUACAUUGGCCUAGAUUUGACUGUCAAGAACUUGAUGACAAGUUUGCGAGCAGUAACAGAACUGCAAAACUCAGCCAUCCGAGAGAGGCACUGGCACCAGCUGAUGAAUGCAACAGGAGUCAGAUUUACAAUGAGCGAUGAUACAACUUUGGCAGAUUUGCUCGCACUACAACUGCACAGAGUGGAAGAUGAAGUCAGAGGCAUUGUGGAUAAAGCGGUGAAGGAGAUGGGUAUUGAAAAGGUUCUUACAGAAAUCAGCCAGACUUGGACUAAUAUGGAGUUUGCAUAUGAAGAUCACUAUAGAACAGGCACUGUUCUGCUUAAAUGUGAUGAAGACCUCUUUGAAACUUUAGAUGACAACCAGGUGCAGUUACAAGCAAUACUUUUAAGCAAGCAUGUGGAGUACUUCAUUGAACAAGUGUCAAGCUGGCAAAAGAAGCUAACUGUGGCAGACAGUGUGAUUUCUAUUUGGGUUGAAGUUCAGCGCACUUGGUCACAUCUUGAGAGUAUUUUCAUUGGCUCUGAUGACAUUAGAAAUCAGCUACCUGAAGAUGCAAAACAAUUUGAUGGAAUUGAUGCAGAUUUCAAGGAACUGAUGCUUCAGAAUGCCAAAAUGAAGAAUGUAAUUGAAGCAACAAACCAACCUCACCUCUACGAGAAACUGGAGGCCUUACAACAAAGAUUAUCCCUGUGUGAAAAGGCACUUGCUGAAUAUUUAGAAACAAAACGGUUGGCUUUUCCACGAUUUUAUUUUGUUUCUUCAGCAGAUUUGUUGGAUAUUCUUUCCAAAGGAACACAACCUGAACAGGUGACAUGUCAUCUAACCAAAUUGUUUGAUAGCAUGGCUGACCUUGCAUUUAAAGAUGAUAAAUAUGGACAACUUACAAAGACAGCUAUUGGAAUGUACAGCAAAGAAAAAGAAUACGUACCUUUCCCAGUGGCCUGUAAAUGCAUUGGCCAGGUGGAAAACUGGCUUACCUGUGUAGAAAAAAGCAUGCGAGAGGCAGUCCGCCAUUUUAUAACUGAGGCUGUAGCAGCUUAUGAAGAAAAACCCAGAGAACAAUGGGUUUUUGACUACCCAGCUCAGACUGCACUCACUGGCUCACAGAUCUGGUGGACCACAGAUGUAGGAAUAGCUUUUGACAGACUAGAGGAAGGAUAUGAAACAGCACUAAAAGACUAUAACAAGAAACAGAUUACUCAGCUAAAUGCCCUCAUUAAUUUGCUACUUGGAGAGCUCACACCAGGUGACCGUCAGAAAAUCAUGACAAUAUGUACCAUAGAUGUUCAUGCUCGAGAUGUGGUUGCAAAACUAGUUGCUCAGAAGAUAACCAGCUCUCAAGCCUUUGCAUGGUUGUCCCAACUGCGCCACCGCUGGGAUGAUGUUCAGAAGCACUGCUUUGCAAACAUAUGUGAUGCUCAGUUUCAGUAUUCCUACGAGUACCUUGGCAACACCCCCCGUCUGGUGAUCACCCCACUGACAGACAGGUGUUACAUCACCCUCACCCAGUCCCUUCAUCUUACAAUGAGUGGAGCACCUGCAGGCCCUGCAGGGACAGGAAAAACAGAGACAACAAAAGAUCUGGGGCGUGCUCUUGGUGUGAUGGUUUAUGUCUUUAACUGCUCUGAUCAGAUGGACUACAAGUCCAUAGGAAAUAUCUAUAAAGGGUUGGCUCAGACGGGGGCAUGGGGCUGUUUUGAUGAGUUUAACCGCAUCUCAGUUGAAGUUUUAUCAGUUGUGGCUGUGCAGGUGAAGACUAUACAGGAUGCUAUUAGAAACAAGAAAAAAAGGUUUUUAUUCCUGGGAGAGGACAUUACCCUUAAGCCAUCGGUUGGAAUUUUCAUAACUAUGAAUCCAGGCUAUGCAGGCCGAACAGAGUUGCCAGAGAAUCUAAAAGCACUUUUCAGACCUUGUGCCAUGGUUGUACCAGACAUUGAAUUGAUCUGUGAAAUAAUGCUGGUAGCAGAAGGAUUCACUGAAGCCAAGUUGCUGGCAAGAAAGUUCAUCACUUUGUACACCCUUUGCAGAGAGCUGCUCUCAAAACAGGAUCAUUAUGACUGGGGUCUUCGUGCUGUAAAGUCUGUUUUAGUGGUUGCAGGUUCUUUAAGACGAGGAGACAAGAACAGACCUGAAGAUCAGGUAUUGAUGCGUGCUUUACGUGAUUUCAAUUUACCCAAGAUAGUAACAGAUGAUGUUGCUGUCUUCAUGGGUCUGAUUGGUGACCUCUUCCCUGCCCUUGAUGUUCCUCGGAAGAGAGAUUUGCUGUUUGAACAGUGUGUUCGUCAGUCUACCCUGGAGCUUCAUCUGCAACCUGAAGAAAGCUUUAUCCUCAAAGUUGUCCAGCUUGAAGAACUUGUAGCAGUUCGGCAUUCUGUUUUUGUUGUGGGCAAUGCAGGAACUGGAAAAACACAGAUUUUGAGAACUCUGAACCGUACUUACAUGAAUCUGAAAAGAAAACCUGUUUGGAAUGAUCUCAAUCCAAAGUCUGUUACUACAGACGAACUGUUUGGUUUUAUACAUCCUGCUACUAGAGAGUGGAAAGAUGGUCUUCUGUCAUCUCUACUAAGAGAGCAAGCAAACAUUGGGCAUGAUGGGCCAAAGUGGAUUGUGUUAGAUGGGGACAUCGAUCCUAUGUGGAUAGAAUCACUUAACACUGUGAUGGAUGACAACAAGGUCCUGACCCUUGCUAGCAAUGAACGUAUUCCUCUUACUCCUACCAUGCGACUGAUGUUUGAGAUAAGUCAUCUACGAACAGCAACCCCUGCCACUGUUUCCAGGGCAGGUAUCUUGUAUGUCAACCCUCAAGACUUGGGAUGGAGUCCGUAUGUUACCAGCUGGAUUGAUAAAAGGACCCACCAGUCUGAAAAGGCCAAUCUGACAAUCUUAUUUGACAAAUAUGUGCCUCCAUGCCUGGAACAACUAAGAACCACCUUCAAAACCAUCACUGUUAUUCCUGAGAACAGUAUGGUGCAGACUCUAUGUUCCCUUCUGGACUGCCUGCUAACUCAUAAAAAUGUGCCUCCUGACUCUCCAAAAGAAAUCUACGAGAUUUAUUUUGUCUUUGCCUGUAUAUGGGCCUUUGGGGGCAUUGUUUAUCAAGACCAGCUUGUGAAUUAUAGAGUUGAAUUCAGUCAGUGGUGGAUCAAAGAAAUGAAGGCAGUGAAGUUCCCGGCUCAAGGCACAGUCUUUGAUUAUUAUCUUGACACUGAAUCAAGGAAGUUCCUACCAUGGACAGACAAGGUCCCCCCAUUUGAAAUGGACCCUGAUGCUCCAUUGCAGUCUGUCCUUGUGCACACCUCUGAGACCAUGUGCCUACGAUACUUCAUGGAUUUGCUGCUGGUCAAAGGUGAACCGAUAAUGCUUGUGGGGAAUGCAGGUGUUGGAAAGACGAGUCUUGUGGCUGACUGCUUGGCUGAUCUCCCAGAUGAUUAUAUGUUGUCAAGAGUGCCAUUUAACUACUACACUACAUCAGGAAUGCUUCAAAGGGUUCUUGAGAAAUCACUUGAAAAGAAAGCUGGACGUAACUAUGGCCCACCUGGAAAUAAAAAACUUAUAUAUUUCAUUGAUGACAUGAACAUGCCUAAGGUAGAUACCUUUGGGACAGUACAGCCCCAUACACUUAUUCGACAACAUCUGGACUACAGACACUGGUAUGACAGACAGAAGUUGACACUAAAAGAAAUUCACAGUUGCCAGUAUAUAGCUUGUAUGAAUCCAACUGUGGGCAGCUUUACCAUCAAUACACGACUGCAGAGGCAUUUUACAGUCUUUGCUGUGAACUUCCCUUCAGCUGAUGCUUUGGAAACCAUCUACACUAAGAUACUUAGCUUCCACUUUCAGAAGCACUCUUUCACUCCGUUCAUAAUGAAGACUAGUUCAGAAGUAGUGAAAGCAGCUAGAUGGCUUCAUCAGAAGAUGGUACAAAACUUUCUUCCUACUGCUAUCAAAUUCCAUUACAUCUUUAACCUAAGGGAUAUUUCCAGCAUUUUUCAGGGCAUUUUAUUUGCUGCAUCGGAGUGCUUAAAGCAACCCAAUGAUUUGAUACGACUCUGGCUCCAUGAAUCAUCGCGAGUAUAUGGAGACAAAUUGGUGGAAAGUCGAGACUCAGAGUUGUUUCAGAAAAUGCUGGUGGAUACUGUUCACAAGUUUUUUGAUGGAGUGGAAGAUCAUGUUUUACUUCGAAGCCCACUGAUAUAUUGCCACUUUGCCAGUGGAGUGGGUGAGUCCCAGUAUCUGCCAGUCAGGGAAUGGGAAGUGCUAAAGAAAACACUUGAUGAAGCCCUUGACAACUAUAAUGAGCUGAAUGCUGCAAUGAAUCUAGUUCUAUUUGAAGAUGCUAUGCAACAUGUGUGUCGAAUUAGUCGCAUCUUGGAGUCCCCCAGAGGGUAUGCCCUUCUAGUUGGAGUUGGUGGCAGUGGUAAACAAAGCUUAUCCAGGUUAGCUGCAUACAUCAGCUCCUUUGAAGUAUUCCAGACCACAAUUAAAAAAGGCUAUGGGAUCCAGGAUCUGAAGGUGGAUAUUGCCAAUUUGUACAUCAAGACUGGAGCCAAGAACAUGCCCACUGUGUUUCUGCUGACAGAUGCCCAAGUUCCAGACGAACGCUUUCUGGUGCUGAUUAAUGACUUGUUGGCAUCAGGAGAAGUGCUAGACCUAUUCAGUGACGAGGAAGUAGAUAAUAUUAUUAUUGGAAUACGAAAUGAGGUUCGAGGCCUUGGCUUGCUUGAUACAAGAGAAAAUUGCUGGAGGUUCUUCUUAGACAGAGUACGUCAGCAGCUUAAGGUCAUUCUGUGUUUCUCUCCAGUUGGUUCGACACUGCGAGUCCGAGCUCGGAAGUUCCCAGCCAUAGUUAACUGCACAGCUAUUGACUGGUUUCAUGAGUGGCCGCAGGAGGCCCUGGGAUCUGUCAGCAGGAGGUUCAUUGAAGAGAUUGAGGGAAUUGAGCCAAGUGUAAAAGACUCUGUUAGUCAUUUCAUGGCAUAUGUCCACACCAGUGUCAAUGAAGUAAGUGAAAAGUACCAUCGUAAUGAGAAGCGAUACAAUUACACAACCCCAAAAAGUUUUCUGGAGCAAAUCAUGCUUUAUAGGAAUUUGCUGAAGAAGAAACGUAAGGAAUUGUCCCAGCGAAUGGAAAGACUAAACAACGGCAUUUUGAAACUAAAGACUACAGCUUCCCAGGUGGAAGACUUGAAAGCCAAACUUGCAUCUCAGGAGGUUGAAUUACAACUUAGAAAUCAGGACGCUGAAGCACUGAUUGCCAAAAUAGGACUCCAGACUGAAAAAGUGAGCCAAGAAAAAGCUGUUGCUGAUACAGAGGAACAAAAGGUUGCUGCCAUUCAGGCAGAAGUCUCUGUGAAACAGAAGGACUGUGGGGAUGACCUAGCCAAAGCAGAACCAGCACUGGUGGCAGCAACUGCAGCACUUAACACAUUAAACAAGGUAAACCUUACAGAACUAAAAGCAUUUCCUAAUCCACCUAUCCCAGUUACCAAUGUUACAGCUGCAGUUAUGGUUCUACUGGCUCCAAAAGGCAAAGUGCCCAAAGAUCGAAGCUGGAAAGCCUCCAAAGUCUUCAUGGGGAAGGUGGAUGACUUCUUGCAAGCUCUGAUAAACUAUGAUAAAGAACAUAUUCAUGAAAAUUGUCUCAGAGCAGUUAAAGAAUACUAUUUGAAGGACCCUGAAUUUAACCCAGAUCUGAUUCGCACAAAAUCAUUUGCAGCUGCUGGCCUUUGUGCUUGGGUUAUCAACAUUGUUAAAUACUAUGAGGUGUACUGUGAUGUUGAACCAAAACGCCAGGCCUUAGCUCAAGCAAACUCUGAGCUUGCAGCCGCAACAGAGAAACUGGAAAUGAUCAGAAGGAAACUUGUUGACCUAGACAAUAACUUGAAUCGACUCACAACAUCAUUUGAAAAAGCAACAGGAGAGAAAGUCAGAUGCCAGGAAGAAGUGAACCGAACCAGCAGGACCAUUGACCUUGCCAACAGGCUUGUCAAAGGGUUAGAGGCUGAAAAUGUCCGCUGGGCCAAUUCAAUCCAUCACUUUGAAGCCCAAGAAAAGACCCUGUGUGGAGACGUAUUACUUACAGCUGCCUUUGUGUCCUAUGUUGGAUCUUUCACAAAACUGUAUCGGCAAGAACUUGUUCAGUGCAAGUGGAUUCCUUUUAUCAAAUCGCAAAAGGUUUCCAUUCCAGUAACAGAAGGGCUGGAUCCAAUUGCUAUGUUAAUUGAUGAUGCUACUGUGGCUGCUUGGAACAAUGAAGGGCUGCCUAGUGACAGAAUGUCAACAGAAAAUGCUACCAUUCUAACAAACUGUGAACGCUGGCCUCUGAUGAUUGACCCUCAACAACAAGGAAUCAAAUGGAUAAAGAUGAAGCAUGGGACAGACCUCAAAGUAAUUUCUUUAGGCCAGAAGGGUUACCUAGACACCAUUGAGAGAGCACUAGGAUGUGGUGACACUGUCCUGAUAGAAAACAUUAAAGAAACUGUGGAUCCGGUUUUAGAGCCAUUACUUGGACGAAAUACCAUAAAAAAGGGAAGGUACAUCAAGAUUGGUGACAAAGAAUGUGAGUUCAACAACAAUUUCCAACUCAUCCUUCACACAAAGCUGGCCAACCCUCACUACAAGCCAGAACUGCAAGCACAGACCACCCUCAUUAAUUUCACCGUUACCAGGGAUGGGCUAGAAGACCAGCUAUUGGCUGAAGUUGUCAGUACAGAAAGGCCUGAUCUAGAAAAGCUCAAAUCGGAACUGACCAAACAACAGAAUGACUUUAAGAUUGAGUUAAAGCAACUGGAAGAUGAGCUCCUAAAUCGUCUAUCUGCUGCUGAGGGAAACUUCCUUGGAGAUACUGUUCUAGUGGAAAAACUAGAAACUACAAAAUCAACUGCAGCUGAGAUUGAGUGUAAGGUGAUUGAAGCCAUAGAAAAUGAGGCGAAAAUUAAUGAGACUCGUGAGCAUUACCGUCCUGCAUCGGCACGGGCAUCCUUAUUGUACUUUAUCAUAAACGACCUCAGUAAAAUCAACCCCAUUUAUCAGUUCUCUCUGAAGGCUUUCAACAUUGUAUUUCAUAAGGCUAUUGAAAGGGCUGAAAAGUCUGAAGACGUUAACGAGAGAGUGAUGAACCUCAUAGAUUGUAUUACAUACUCUGUCUUCCUGUAUACAAGUCGUGGGCUUUUUGAACAUGACAAAUUAACUUUUCUUUCACAGGUGGCCUUCCAGAUUUUGUUGAUGAACAAGGAGAUCAUAGCAGAUGAAUUGAAUUUUUUGCUGAGAUUCACUGUGGAGCAUACGUACAAAAGCCCUUUUGAUUUCCUGAGCAGUCAAAACUGGAGUGCAAUAAAGGCUGUGGCAAUGAUGGAUGAAUUCCGAGGGCUGGACAGAGACAUUGAAGGUUCAGUUAAGAGAUGGAAGAAACUUGUGGAAUCUGAAUGCCCAGAGAAGGAAGUGUUACCACAAGAAUGGAAAAAUAAGAGUUCGCUGCAGAAGCUUAUCAUUUUAAGAGCUCUUCGUCCAGACAGAAUGACAUAUGCUGUUCAAAAUUUUGUUGAAGAGAAAUUAGGUUCAAAAUACAUAGAUGGAGUCCGGAUGGAUUUUUUAAAGUCAUAUGAGGAAAGCAGCCCUGAAACUCCAAUAUUUUUCAUUCUGUCCCCUGGAGUUGACCCUCUUAAAGAUGUGGAGUCACUUGGCAAGAAACUAGGAUUUACGAUUGAUUCAGGAAAGUUUCACAAUGUCUCUUUAGGACAAGGACAGGAAGAGGUUGCUGAAAAAUCUUUAGUUAAAGCUUCCAAAGGAGGACACUGGGUUAUCCUUCAAAAUGUUCAUCUUGUGGCUAAAUGGUUGGUAACUCUGGAGAAGCUGCUUGAACAGUGCUGUGAAGAAUGCCAUUCAGACUAUAGAGUCUUCAUCAGUGCGGAGCCAGCCCCCUCACCAGAUGAGCACAUCAUCCCUCAAGGAAUUCUAGAAAAUUCCAUUAAAAUUACCAGCGAGCCACCUUCCGGUAUGCAGGCCAACCUGCAUUCUGCACUCUACAACUUUGACCAGGAUACCCUAGAAAUGUGUGCAAGAGAACAUGAAUUCAAAAGUAUCCUAUUCUCUUUGUGCUACUUCCAUGCCUGUGUUGCAGAACGAAGGAAAUUUGGACCUCAGGGAUGGAAUCGCAGAUACCCAUUCAACACUGGAGAUCUCAUGAUUUCAGUUGAUGUGCUGUACAAUUACCUAGAAGCUAACCCAAAGGUUCCUUGGGAAGACUUGCGUUAUCUCUUUGGAGAGAUAAUGUAUGGAGGACAUAUCACAGAUGACUGGGACAGAAGACUUUGUCGCACUUAUUUGGAGGAGUUUAUGAAUCCAAAUAUGCUUGAAGAUGAACUUUUCCUUGCUCCAGGAUUUGCCACACCUCCUAACUUUGAAUAUGCUGGCUACCAUAAAUACAUUGAUGAGAUGCUUCCAUCUGAGAGCCCUGUGUUGUAUGGACUCCAUCCAAAUGCAGAGAUAGAGUUCCUGACUGUGAUUUCUGAUGGCCUCUUCAGGACACUCCUUGAAUUGCAGCCCCAGGAUUCCUCAGGUGGUGAAGGUCCAUCACAGACUGUAGAAGAGAAGGUAAAAAAUAUUUUGGAUGAUAUUUUGGAGAAGCUUCCUGAAGAAUUCAACAUGGUAGAAGUGAUGCAGAAAUCAAGCCAAAGAACUCCUUAUAUUCUUGUCUGCUUCCAAGAGUGUGAACGCAUGAAUAUACUGAUUCAUGAAAUCAGGCGGUCACUUAAAGAACUAGAUCUUGGCUUAAAGGGUGAUCUUACAAUCUCCUCUGAUAUGGAGAUCCUACAGUCAGCCUUGUAUUACAACACUGUUCCUGAAUCGUGGACCAAACUAGCCUACCCAUCAACAUUUGGACUGGCCCAGUGGAUCAAUCACCUUCUGUUGCAAUGUCGAGAACUUGAUACUUGGACUCAGGAUCUUGUCCUACCAGCAGCAGUGUGGCUUUCAGGGUUCUUUAAUCCCCAGUCGUUCUUGACAGCAAUUAUGCAGUGCACUGCACGAAAGAAUGAAUGGCCUUUGGACAAGAUGUGUCUGACUGUGGACGUUACAAAGAAGACCAAAGAUGAUUUGGGGCAUCCUCCUAGGGAGGGGGCUUAUAUUCACGGACUGUUUAUGGAAGGGGCAAGGUGGGAUCUCCAGGCAGGUGUCAUUGCAGAAGCACGUCUUAAAGAUUUAACUCCAUCAAUGCCAGUUAUCUUUGUAAAAGCUAUCCCACUGGACAGACAAGAAGCUAAAAACAUGUACGAGUGUCCUCUCUACAAGACGAAAACAAGAGGGCCUACAUAUGUCUGGACUUUCAAUUUAAAAACCAAAGAAAAGCCUUCUAAGUGGAUUCUUGCUGGGGUAGCGAUGCUCCUAUCUGUGUAAGCUUGUGUAUUGUCACAGCUGUUACUAGUGAAGAUUAAGAUGUAUAGAUGCAGUACUAAUGUCCAGGCGUUUACAAAAAUCAGCUUUAUUUUCUUAACCAGAGCUUUUUAUACAUAGGAUUUUAGCAUACAGUAUUAGCAAACCUUUAAUGUACAGACAUUUACAAAAAUAAGACUAUAUUGAACAUUUUCUUGUAACUACUGAUACUAGAAAUGUGUAUAUUUACAUAAAAUUAAAAUAGUCAAAACAGGACUUGAAGUUCUUUACACUGUCCACAAAUGCACAAUGCCUGAUUUCUAUAAAACCAUUUCACAUAAUAUGAAUAAAAACUGGACAUGUAUGCAAUAUAUUGUGAACUAUAUUAAGAAAAAAAAUGUAAAACCUCAGUUGUCUGUUGCUUUCCAUUAAUAUAAACAGUUGAAAGUGA